CUCUCUAGUUCCGUAACCUUCAAUAUUUUAUUCCAACCCAACCCAACUUUAUUUACAUUUACCGCGCUUUCUCUCUCUCUCUCUCUUGAUCCGAACCGAGCAAAUCAAUUUGGUUCGCCUUGUCCGAAUCUAACCACGAGAGAUCUGUUCUGUUCUGUUCUGUUUUGUUCUGCUCUCUGCGCCGUCGUUUUCAAUUUUCAGUGACGUUCUGAGUUUACUUGCUAACGCGAACAACUUACAUUCGUAACUUGUGAUUGCGGAUUCGGCUUUCCUCGUUAAUCUCACCGUCACGGGUUGCCGCAUAUUCGUCACCGUCCAAUCACUGAAGGGGUUGGGUUGGGUUGGGGACUUUUUAGGCUGUUACGCCGCCGCUGAAAACAUCUAUGUGUCGUUGUGAUCAUAGUAAUUUAGCGUCUGUUGCCUUUGCUGGAUGUGAAUCGGGUGCAUGAUAAAUGCGUGUCACCGGGGAUCUAGGGUUUUCGAGCCUGGUCCUUGUGGUGGUUUUUGUGGUCUUGCCGGUGAUCGGCUUUGUAAUUCGCCGUAAAUGGCAGCUUGCGGUGGAUAGGAACGAGGAGAUCAAGAGGCUUUUGAUUUUGGCCGCGGAGGAAACUGCCAGGGCCGAAAGAGAGGCUUCAUAUGUGUACGGCGCGGCGGUUUCUGCCACUCAGAACAACCAAUGCGCCGUGUGCUAUUUCCCCGCCACUGCGCGCUGCUCUCAGUGCAAAUUGGUUCGCUACUGUUCUUUUGAGUGCCAAACUGUUCAUUGGCGUCAAGGUCACAAAUUAGAAUGCCGUUCUCCCAGCACAGCUCACCAGAGUGAUAAUGUAAUAAGUGAUCUUGGCAGGAAGGUAGCAGAGCAAGACUACUCUGGAAUCCAUGGCAAGAAGUCUAAAAGUGAAGACACAGAGUGUAAAACAUCCUCUAAAAAACCUCCAAUUUAUGAUACCAGCUUUUCUCCAAAAGUUUCAUUUGGAAAGGAUGAUAAUAUUAGAGUCGAAUCGCAUAAAGAGGGGAAUGUAACAGAUUCUAAUUCUGAAUUUUCUGGAUUCUCAGCUUCCACUAAUUCAAGUGGAUCGUCUGAUGAUUCCUCUGUCGGUGAGAGUGUCAUCUCAAAUGAGCAUGACAGAUCAGAGGGACAUAUUUUUGUUGAUCCCACCCUUGACAUUUCUGAUAUCACUUCAAGUGAUAAUACCAUGGGUGUAGCCAUGUCUUCUUCACCGAAGUUUGCGAGUUUGGUUGAUUCAGUAGAUGGUUUUUCUUCAAUGCAUAAACUAAAUCAAACCAGACCUGGUUCCAGUAAAGAAGAGAGUAUGCUUGCAUCAAAUGGUACUUCAGGUUUGAGUAUGUGGAAGGGGGAAACAGUUGAGUCUUCUGCAGUGUAUUCUGGAUUCUGGGAUAAAACUCUUGAUUCUAGAGGGAUUAAAGAUGAUGCUAAUAAUGACACUCGUCCAUCCCAUUCUGAUGAUUCCACUGGCGAAAAGACUGAUUCUGGAUCUUCAUUUCACUUUUCGUUCAGUGCCAUGCCUCCUUUGCAUGUACGACCUACUGAGGCAAAGGGUUCUCUUUCUAAUGAUGCUUUCCCAAACUCUGUUAGGAAAAAUAUGCCUUGCCCAGGAUCAGCAUCAUCAGAGAAUGACAGCAUGAAUUCUUCGGAGGCAAGGAAUUUUCCAUUCAUGAACAGCAAAGAUUCCAAUGUUAUGAGCUACGGUACUCCAAGGGGCUCUGAAUCUGAUCGAUUGGAAUCUAAAGACAGCUGUGGGCCACCUUUAUCUUCUUUCUCCCCUCAAUCCUCCAGUGUUGGCAAAGAUCCAGGUUGUGCAGAUGCUUUGAGCAUCCAUAACUUGCAAUCAGCUGGCUCUAUGGUAUCAAAUUAUGUUGUGGACAAGAGUAGCAGCACCUCGAAAUCUGCUGAACUUAGACGCCUGACACGCAAACUUCCUGAUUCUAAUUUAGCUUCUAGAACUGAAGGGCAUUCCAAUUCCAAUACAAAACAUGGGAAUAAUGGCCUUGAAUCUGGCACUGUCACUUCCUCUCAGGUUGCUAGCUGUUCUGCAAAUUCUAAGAGUGGCUUGAAAACCUCUGUUUUAAAAGUUGUUGAUCAGUUUAGAGGAUCGAAUUUGUCAAAGCGUGUUCCACUAGCUGUUGGGAGUGAUAUUGCUGGAAGAUACAGUGACAAGGGUCCUUUUUCAUAUGAGUUAUUCGUCAAGCUUUAUAACUCAAACAAGGCGGAGUUGCGGCCAUUUGGUCUUAUAAAUUGUGGAAAUAGUUGUUAUGCGAAUGCUGUACUUCAGUGCUUAGCAUUUACACCACCUCUUACUGCUUAUUGGCUUCAAGGACUACAUUCUAAAUCAUGUGCAAAUAAAAAAUGGUGUUUCACCUGUGAAUUUGAAGGUUUGAUUUUAAAGUCAAAGGAGACAAAAUCUACACUGUCUCCUAUAGGUAUACUCUCUCAACUACAGAGUAUUGGGAGUCAGCUUGGUAAUGGCAAAGAAGAAGAUGCACAUGAAUUUUUAAGGCAUGCUAUUGACACAAUGCAAUCCGUUUGCCUUAUGGAAGCUGGGGUUAAUGCGUCGGGCUCAUUGGAAGAAGAUACUACUUUAAUGGGUCUAACAUUUGGAGGCUACCUUCGAUCAAAGAUAAAAUGCAUGAAAUGUGGCGGAAAGUCUGAGCGUCAGGAAAGAAUGAUGGAUCUGACUGUUGAGAUAGAAGGGGAGAUAGCAACCUUGGAGGAGGCCCUUCGAAGGUUUACAAGCACAGAAACUUUGGAUGGAGAAAACAAGUACCACUGUGUCAGAUGUAAAUCUUAUGAGAAGGCCAAGAAGAAGCUGACAGUUUCCGAGGCACCCAAUGUUCUUACAGUUGCAUUAAAGAGAUUUCAGUCUGGAAAAUUUGGGAAGCUCAACAAGCCUAUUCGCUUUCCUGAAAUACUUGACUUGGCACCUUUCAUGAGUGGGACUAGUGAUAAAUCACCCAUAUACAGAUUGUAUGGGGUAAUUGUACACUUGGAUAUCAUGAAUGCUGCCUUUUCGGGUCACUAUGUGUGCUAUGUGAAGAGUAUCCAAAACAAGUGGUUCAAGGUUGAUGACAGUGUGGUGACCGCUGUUGAAUCGGAGAGAGUUUUGACAAAAGGAGCUUACAUGCUUUUUUAUGCGAGGUGCUCCCCAAGAGCCCCAAGAUUAAUCAGGAAUAGGAUACUAUCCCCAGAUUCAAAAUGCAAAGUCGACGAUGGAAUGGCUCUUAAAAUGAAAUCGAGAUCUACAAAUCCCGGUGCUGCUGAAUAUAUAAGUGGUUCGAUGGCGCCAGAUGGCUCACCUGACUUAGAGUCUUUCUAUUCAAAGUUUCACCACCUGAAAAGGAUUUUAGAAGAAGACUCAUCAAGUGAUAAUUCAUCCCUUAUCAGCAGUAAUUCUGAUGAAGGCUCUUGCAGUACUGAUAGCACCCGUGAUUCAACCAGCACGGAUGAUCUAUCCGAUUAUAUUUUUGGUGAUUCAGGGCAUGGCUGGAGUAGCAUGUGGAGGAAUUCCGAUUAUGACACUUCCUCUUCCUCCUCAUCUUCUCCCUUGAACUCUGGAAAUUCGCCCCUAUCUGAUAUGGACCGGUAUGAUUCAGUUCCUCCAGAUUCAACUGGUUUGAGAAUUCCCACUGGCUCAAGUGCGGAGAUAGAUGGUCCUUUAUGCCGGAACAGACUGGUGGAUGUUGAAAGGAGGGGGGGAGGUGUUUCUCUUUUGCAUUCUCAAACAACUUUACAGCAUAGAAAGUUAGGUAAUGGUAGGAUUAGCAGCAACAAUAGUUGUAGGGAGACCGACUCUUAUGUGAAAAAAGGAUCUAACCAUUGUAAUGAUGUAAACUCUGGUGUAUCAUGUAGAAAGUCAUGGGAAAGGCCGGGUUGAAAUUAUUAUCAGUAGGGAGCUCCGGAGCAGUAAAUAAUAACCGAGGGAUUCUCUAACUUAAAAGUACUCUUGGAGGUAGCGAUCUUUCUACAAAGAAAUUAGCUACGUCAUUUUGCCAAUAACUAGAUUUAUA